AUGGCAAUAGCAUUGACCCUUGUGGUCAUUGGCUAUUUUGUGGGCAGCGUUUCGCCGUCUUACAUGCUUGUGCGCCGGCGUCUGGGAAGAGACAUCAGGCAACUGGGAGAUGGGAACGCCGGGGCCGAGAAUGUCUCGCGGCUGGUGGGACUGAGACCGGCAAUUGCCGUCGCGGCUUUUGACAUUUCGAAGGGGCUGGCAGUAGUGCUGGUCACCCGAGGCAUAACGCCUGCGAACCAGGGUGAUAAUUCCUGGGAAACCCAGAUUUCCUGGGAAGGCCUCCGAUGCGGGCUCAUGGUGGCGGCGGGCGCCGCAGCAAUUAUCGGUCACAGUUGGUCGGUUUACUUGAAAGGCGCGGGAGGCAGGGGAGCAGCCACCGCAGUUGGCGCGUUGUUCGGCAUGAUUACGCUUCCGGCUCUCCUGGUAAUGUUUCCCGCUUUUGCCUUGAUGUGGUAUUUCCGAAGUACCACCUGGGGGCUGGCCAGUUUCUUCGUUGGGACCGUCUCGCUAACUGUUUUCCUUGGUUACUUUGGCCUGUUGGGAUACUCUCUGACGUGGGUUCCUUACGUUGUCACUCUGCCUGCCCUUGUAGGGGUGAUCCACGUUUUGAGCCUUAAGCGGUCGCCGGCAAGGGCCGCUGCCUUCUCCGAAAAAUGA